AUGCUGCUGCGGCGCUGCCUAUCAACGGCUACCGGUCUCCGCCGCCCCAAAGGAUUAAACCUCACUCCAUACGUGUCUCCUCUGCUGCUGCGCUUGCAUCCAGACACGGUACAGCGCCAAGCACCCGCUCUGGCCCAGGAGAACGAAGAAGCACUCAAGCAGCUUAACAUAUUCCUGGAGCUGGCAGCGUUCGGAUGCAACAACGACGCGUUCAACGCGCGUAAACAGGUUCUAGCUUUAAGUGAGAGCCGUCAAGCAAUUACUGAGGAACCCGUGCGGUUUCCGCUGGCUUUCCACGUUCCGAUAGACGAUUUCGAGGCUCAGGGGCACGUGGAUGGGUUCGUCCAAGUCAAGUACACCGUAGAGGUACCCGGGCGUCUGGUGAAGCGCACCCUGUCCAAUCUUGGGCGAUCAGUUAGUGCUCGUAAUGACCCGGAGGCUGCACUGCAAGCCCCAUUCGCACGGGAGUGGCAACGCACUACAAAACGGAUUCUACAGGAUUUGUUCCAGGUGGCGCAAGUGCCGCUUGUAGUAGAAGAAGAAGGUGAAGAAAUUAAGACGACUGCAUUGUCAGAGUGGCUAUCAGAGGACGAGACAGUUGCGGAUAAGACGGACAUGCAUGGGAUUCGAGUGGGAGAACAGAACCGAGCGACGAAGCGGGAGCACGAACAGUUUGAUAAGAUGUUCCACCAGAUGCUCACGCACGAAAAGAAUAUCGUGCAGGAGACGACGACCGGACUGGAAGACGGGCCGACGACGCAACAUGCAGUUUUGACUAGUUUACUCCAUUCGAGACUCUUCCUGCCAAAAUUUGAGGACCCGCACAUGAAAAAGAGCGCGUUCCACUGGAUUGCGAACCUUUUACUCGUAAACUUCAUGGAGCUACGUCUGCAUAGUCUCGUGUGGAACAAGAUUACUCUUCUCGUCACUGCCGACGCGGAGGUGGAAGAGCCACAAGUGUCAUGGGACGAAGGAACGCCAGAGCACGGCAUGGGGAUCCUCAUUCCUGUAGGCAUGGACGUCGACGUGCUGAUCGAUUUUCUUUACGAGAACGUUGAGGAUCUGGAGUUUGCGCUAGAGGAGAAAACUGCCCAGGCUGAAGCUGCAGUGAAAGAGCAACAACGGCUUCGAAGAGAGAAGAAGAAACAGAACAGGAAACAAAAGCGAAGAGGACACUUUUACCAAGACGAGCUGAGUGCUAUCUUCGGACAGAGAUAAUACCGGUAGCUCUUUUUUUUUUUCUACUAUGUAUUAGUGCAUGUUCAAAUUAGAACUUCUCAUACUUGAGGUACAUGUAGUACUUUUAAUACUACUGUAGUAAAAC